AUGAAGCCGAAGACGACGCACUCGCGGUUUCUGCGACUGUUCGUCGGGGGAGCGGUGGAGAUCAAUUCCGUGAGACAAGAGGCGAGAUUGCGGUUGAAGGAGGAGUAUUAUCACUUUCGCGAUCAAAAUACGGUGGUUUACGUGUUGGCGCCGUUGGCGUUGUUGCUCGGAUACAGCGAACGCGUGCACCCGAAGGCGCUGGACGCGACGCAGAUUGGAUACUUGAGGGCGUUUUAUCCGAUCGCACUGCAGCUGUAUUGGGUGUGGCUUUUGUACUUUUACACCGCACUCGCGCUGCGGGAGAACAUUUUGCGCGUGAACGGGUCGACGAUUCGUCCGUGGUGGAUUAAGCACCACUACUAUUCGGCGGCGAUGGCGCUGUGCGUGUUGACGAUGGAUUUAGAUUCGCCCGCGUGCGAGGCGUUCACUUUGAGAUUCUUACUCUUCACCACGCUUCAGGGAGUGGUGAUGUUAGUCCAAAAUAGAUACCAGCGUUUCCGCUUGUACACGCGCGUGGCGAUGGGGAAAGCGUCGCCCAUGGACGUGGCGUCGAUUGAACUCUCGGGCGGACAGCUCAAGCUUUUGUACCCACUCCUGUUCGGUUUGCAGGCGAUGCAACUGUACGUCGGCGCGAGCGUGCUGUUCGUGGUCAUGACGACGUAUCGCAUAGAAAGCCACAUCAUGCGAGAGUGGCAAGCGUCCGUGGCGGGCGUCUUAUUCGUUCUCAUGGCGGUUGGCAACUUCACCGCCACGCUCAACACGCUGCGAUCCAAGCGCUCAUUCGCGCACAAGAAGCGGACUCGCAGCCAAAGUUUUCAUCAGGAUUAA